CUCCAGCACUCUAGCAGAAAAGACUUUAGGCAACCUUUAGUAGCACCAUUACAGAAGUUUCGUCAUUUUCAUAGUAUAACAUCCAAUUUGACACAUUGGAUCAAAAUUAUAGGCAACACCAAAUAGACGGCGCCAUUUUCACAACGUUGUCCGUUUUCACUUUCAGAGGGGGAUAUUUCAAAUUCCAUCAUCAUCUUUAGAAUUUAGCGCAGUAGAUGUGAAAAUAACAACGCUUCACUGUUUCUUCUUCGCUUUCCCACUUUCCGACCCAAAAGCCCUAACUUUCCCGCUCUCUCUUUCCUUGCUCAGUCAACUCCAGCCGUUUCGAGCUUUGAUCGCUGAGGGCUUUCGACCACCAUUGAACCUAUUCGCCGUUAACCCAUUACUCUGGUCACCGGAGCAUUUCCGUUGUGAGACAUCUCAGCCAAAGUGUCAGCUUGGAAAAUUCAGGGAUGGGUUUACCAAAAAUCAAGAAUGCCUCUGCUUCGGAGGAGACUGAUGACAAUAUUACUGCCUCAAUCGGGCUAAAAAGGAAACGUGGAAGAACAAGUAUGGAGCGCAUAGUGAACCGAGCACUUAGAGGUAAGAAAUCAGUAGUUGAGUUUAACCCAAAGGGCGUACCAUUUGGGAAGGCAGCAGCAGAGAUGGCUUCUUACAUAGGGGUGAUUGUGCGUACCACGGUUCCCAUCAUUGUUGAGAGCUGGCCUAAGGUGGAGAAGGAUCUGAAAAAUGAAAUUUGGAAAUCCGUAGAGAUGGCAUUCGUCUUAGCUCCUAGAUGCAGAAAAAUGGUUUUAUCAUCUGCAGCCAAUAAGUGGAGGCAAUUCAAGUCAGAAUUGACAACAAAAUACGUACUGCCAUAUAAAGAUCAGCCUGAUGCUUUAAAAGACCCACCAGAAGAAUAUGAUUUCAUUAAGCAACAAGAUUGGGAACAAUUCGUAAAGAGUCGCUUAACCACAGAUUUUCAGAAACUCCACAUGGAGCAGAAAGAGAGAAGGGGGAAGUUGCAGAAUGCUCAUAGAAUGUCACGAAAAGGAUAUGCUGGUUUAGAGGCAGAACUAAAAAAAACUAUGAAUGAAGAUGAACUUGAUCUAGCUGUCCUCUGGAAGAAAGGACGUGAGGACAAAAAUGGGAAUAUCUCCCAUGAGACUGUAGGGGAGCAGGCUGCAGAAAUGGAUACUUUAAUGAACAAUGAAGGGGAUAUUUCCAACUCUAACAGUCGAUCAAGUGAUGAUGUCAGGUCAAUGGGGUUGGGGACUCCAGAACAUUCUAGUAGGGUUAGAAGUGCAGGAGAGUGUCUCAUGCCAAAUGUUUCACCUCCUCAGUUGGAGCGAGAAAGUGUCUUGGAUGAGGUCAGAAAGAUGAUAGAGCAGCAAAGGUUAUGGUUUGAAGCCAAGAUUUCUUUGUUAGAGGCAAAGAUCAGUGGUGAUUGCCCAGCCACAAGUAUCACACUUCCAACUCCUCUGCUUGCCAAGCCUUCAAAGAAGGGCAGGUGUUCUGGGAAGACAAACGUUGAGGAUAAUGAAAUUGAUUCGGAAGCUUUCUCAUUUGUGGGCAGAAGAGAAUUCAUGAAGGGAAAAUCUUGCAAGUUGGCUGUUGGAUCAAUCAACAAUGUUGUUUCCCAUGGUACAAUAAUUGAAAUGGAUGUGGCGAACCACAAAGUCCAUGGUGUGCCUUUGGGAGAGGGCAAUAUACGUGUUGCUAUUGAUAAUGCCCUAGAUGAACAAGCGCUGCUUCCCAUACCAGUUACAGGGGAAUUAGCAACUGUUGGGCAAGCUGUAGGCUCUCAUGUGGCUUGGCCGAAACAUCUUGUUAAGUUGAUGAAUGAAGAGGAACGUGGAAAUUCUUCUAUAAAACCUCGAGAUUUACCCAAUCAAGAUGUGAUCCUGCCCAAGUCCCUCAAGCUCCUAUACCGUUAUGCUGAGCGUGCCAUGACGGAUGGUGAGCCUAUCAGUGUCUUUAUGGAAGAAGCCAUAUUUGGUAUUGCCAAGACUCUCAACAUUUUCAAAGAAGAUGUUAUGCAAUUUAUGGAAAUGAAGGAAAUCCCCCCUAGGUGCAUAACAGUGUACAUGAGGCACCUCUAUGAUAUGCUAAAGCAAUCCAACAUGGCCAAUAUGGUUGGUUUGAUGGACCCUUCAAGCAUAUCAGUUGGGGAAGGCAAUUCUGACCACAGAUCACAGGUGCUCGCAACCCGGUUGCAGCAAGGGUCUGCUGACCAAAUACUUUUGGUACCUUACAAUUCUGGUUAUCAUUGGAUGCUGACCAUCAUCAGUGAAGACAAAGAAGUAUGCUACUUCAUGGACCCUCUUCAACGCUAUUUCAUGGACCCUCUCCGAAGAAGCAUGCGUGAGGAAGAAUGGAAAUAUGUUGUAAACAAUGGGAUUAGACAAUUCAACAUUGAAACGGGUAGGGGAUUCCGUAAACAACCUCUAUGGAAAGUAUUGAUGGGUCCUAAACAACCCUCAAACAUGGAGUGUGGGUAUUAUGUGAUGAGAUAUAUGAAAGAAAUCAUAGAAGGUCAUGACCUUUCCUUUGCAACGAAGUGGGAUGGGAGGAAGCUAAAUGCCUACACACAGACAGAACUGGAUGAGGUGAGGUGCGAGUGGACGGACUUUGUCAGUAAUUAUGUGUAGAUGUUUGGUCAUUCGAAUCAGCUGGAAAUGAUAUAUCUGCAAAGGAUUAUGGUAUAUAUAUUUUGGUUCUAUGAAGGGACAAUCAACUAAAUUUGAUGUUCCUUAUGUGGAGAUUAGGAAUGCUCCCUUCAUUUUGUUGGUUGUAUGUGUUUGCAGUGACAAUUCAGUGUUCCUUAGUUACAUGUUGAAGGGUUAGGAGUGCUCCUCAAAUUUUGUGUGAUUUACAUAGUAUUUUCGAAGUAUUUGUGAAAUGUAAAUUCUCGUAUUAUUAAUGUAAAUGUUGUACUUCCUGGGAAUGGAACCAAUUUCAUGGGAUAAGAGUAAGAAAUUCUUGUUUA